GAACGAUGAAUUUGUCAGCAUACCCUUCAAUUUGUUCCCCAGAAAGUCGAUUUUUAGCAUCAAAAGAAGGCUUGGCUCAGGUCUGCCGUACAAUUGGAGUGGUUUCUCUACCAAUUCAUGUGCUAACAGGCUACUGUAUUCUCUUUAAGACCCCAAAAGAAAUGAGUAAUGUGAAAAAUAGUUUGAUCAAUUUGUGGUUUUGGUGUACAACUUCUCAGAUUACUCUUUCAUUUUUCUUCACCCCAUUCAACUUUUAUCCACAUAGUGCUAGCAUCUCAGCAGGAUUUGGAACAGAUCUUCAUGUUCCAACUUCAGUGCAAUUCUAUAUAGUUUUCGCGAUCAACUCCGCCAUGUUAAUUUCAAUUAUCCUAUUAUUCGAAAAUCGAAGCAGUAUGAUAUUGGAAAAUAAGUUCCGUUUCUCAAUAAAUCUGUAUCGAGUUAUUUGGAUUUUCCUGAACAUUCUUGGCAACUUCGCAGUUUUCACUCCAGUAUUUCUUAAUCUUCCGGAGCAAGGAAAAGCUAUACUUCAUUUAUUGAAAACAAUACCCUGCCCUACCAAAAAAUACUUUCUGGAACCAAGUGUUGUGUUCACCCCCGGCACAUUUUGGGACACCUACUUAACAUCAUCGUUCAAGCUGAUAUUGUUAGCCACCGGCUUACAAGUACUAUUUUUCUCCUCCUGCUGUAUAUAUUACCUAUUCGUGAAAAGCGGAAAAAUCUCAAUGUCAAAUCAAACUCGGCGACUACAAAUUCGAUUUUUCAUCGGAAUUAUCAUUCAAACUUUUGUUCCAAUCCUGUUGGUCUUAAUUCCGUUUACUAUAUUUCUAACCAAAGGACCAGAGUACAAUCAGACGAAGAAUAAUAUUGUCAUGAUUUUUUAUGUGGCCCAUAAUGGAGCUGCAAAUUUUGUAAUUCUUAUUGUACAUCAGCCUUAUAGAACAUUUUUGAAAUCGUUUUUUAUUAGUGAAGUUCGAAAUGCUAGUUUUUUAUAAAGUGUUAAACUCACUAUUAA